UAUCCGUACUGAAAUGUGUCUUCUGUCGACAGGAAUUCAGAUAUGUGAUUUAUGUUUCAAAAUGAAUUUACUUCAAAGCGACAUGUUUAUAUGUAUAUGUACUAUUACUUGCACGCUCUAAACUGCGAUGGUAAUGUCUAGUUACUAACGUGGUAACUCGCGCCCGGGUCGCUCGCUGGCUACCCGCUAGCGUGUGCUCUAUUUAUUUAUUUAAUUAUUACUAUUAAUAAAUUAUUUAUUACUAAUUAUUUAAUAACUAAAAAAAUGUUUAAGUGUGCGGUAAUGUUAUUUUUCGCGCUGGUUGCGACAUCUAGUGGUCAACAACACGACUACUACCAUGACCUGCACUUACCCCACGACCCACCAUUGUACCCCGUGUUCGCUCAGCCGCCACCUACUCAGUUCAGUUGUUCUGAUAGAACUAUCGGAUACUACGCUGAUGUACAAGCAGGUUGCCAGGCUUUUCAUUUCUGCUGGCACCGGCGUGUGAUAAGUACGGAGCUGUGUACUAAUGGUACAUUAUUUAAUGAACAAUUUCAGGUGUGUGAUCAUUUUUACAACGUCCGUUGCGGAUCUCCGUAUGAAGAUUUAUGAACUAAUUUAAUAAAUGAAAAUACACGCGGUUUUUUUUAUUUUAUAGAAAUUUAUUUUCAUUAUUGUCAUUCAU